AUGAACAAACCAACUGAAAGUGUUUCGAAUAAUUCUAAUAAUUAUCACUUUACUAAUGAAAGUAGUAGUAGUGGAAAUACUCCUUUGAAUCCUCUUUCAAUAUCAGCCGAAAUACCAAAUUCGUACCAUGUUGAACGGCACAAACUUUCGAAUAAUAAUUCAACAAGUAUACGAAAUAUAAUUACUUCAUCAGUUGGUGCUAAUUCUAAUCAUCCUACCAUGAUUGCAUCUCAUAACUAUUCUGCUAAUGGAAUUGAUGAACAUUCUUCCAUCCUACCUUCCAUACAUAAUACUCCUUUCCAAUCCAAUGAGAAUGUUUACUAUUCGAAACCAAUCUAUUCCAAUUUACAAUCAAAUUCUCCAUUUCCCUCAUCUUUAGCAAUAACAACGAUCCAUGCUAACAACAACAUGCAGAAAGAAAGACUUCCAUCAAUUAAUCAUGUUGUAAAUUCUUCAUCAUCAACUAUUCGAAACUCAACAUCUCCUCCAACACCAUUUAUCUCCUCACAAGUUUCACAUUCACAACACUUUAAUCAACACCUUUAUGUUGAGGAUCAUCAGCAUUCACAGUACAUGAUACCAUCCAACCAAAAUAAUCAACUUUCGAAUAAUAAUCAAUUACAUCCUUUUGGUGAUUCCAACAAGAUUUCAGUAUCACCAUCAGCAGGAAGUCUCGUUUCUUAUCAAUCACCACCACCGACACAACAUGUACCAUCAAACUCCAUGAUUAGAAACAAUUCGAAACCAAAUUUGCAUGUCAUGAACAAUAGCCACAGUAAUAACAAUCUUUCAAAUUUUGAUCAAACCAAUACUUCAACUACUACCUUAAUUCAUCAUCACCAUCAUCAACAACAACAAUCACCAAUACAUGCCACACCUAUCAUCAAUACCCAACAACAGCAACAACAAACACAACAGCAGGAUAAUUAUUAUCACGAUUUUUAUGUACCCAUUAAAAAGACCAACAAGUUAAUGAUGAACAACAAUUUAAAUAAUCCAAAUUCCCAAAAUGCAACUCAAAGUGCAUCAUCAUCUUCAUCUGCUUCUUUAAUAAUGAAUUCUUCUUCCAAUGCUCAUAAUAAUACAACUUCUUCAAAUGGAGUGCCCCUAAAAUGUUCAUUGUGUGAUCGUGGCAUUACGAAACGAUAUUGGGUAAGAGAUUGUAAUGUGGAUGUGAUGAAAACAUUUUCAAAGAAUGAAGGUAUGUUAUUGUUGUGA